AUCUUAAUCUUAAUUACUGCUGAUUGGUGCUUCCACACCUACACCCUCGCCAAGAAGAAGAAGAGACUCCGAUAUUUCCUCUGUUUUCCCGUCCUUAAAAUCAACAACCCUUUCUUCUCAGCAAAUCAACUUCCUUGAUAGCUUCAGACGCUAGCUGAACUUGUCAAGUUAAGCAUUAAUGGCAACCUCUGUGGGCCUUUCUCGUGUACUAACGCAUAGAAUGAGGUUGAUGGAAUCUCUGACAAUAACUGGAACUUCCCCCAUUGUUGGAGUAGUUGCAAUGCUUAUUUCCUUCCAGGUUCUGGUGUGUAUGUGCAGCACUGACACUAGGAAUGCCCCUGAAUGUAACAAACCAUUCAACUGCGGAAUCGUCAAAGAGAUAAGCUAUCCGUUCCGGCAAAAGGGUAGCCCGGCGUAUUGCGGGAAACCGGGAUUUGAGUUGUUUUGUGAGGGUGGUGAUCCCAUGAUUACAAUCAGUUCACGGACUUACCAACUUCUGGUAUACAAUACCACCCUCAGAUCUCUCACUCUUGAACCUAUGUCUAAUAAGGAUAGUGUGCUUUGUCCUCGCCGCCUUGUCAACACCUCUUUGAAUCUCAGCCCUUUCCGCGCUCUUUGGAAUACCCAGAACAUAUCACUCUAUUACGGUUGCCCCAUCGAGGCCAAUCAGUAUCAAGGCCUUACUAAUCAUCAGUUUAAUUGCAGCAUGAAUGGAACUGAUACUGUCGGCUACUACCUUGUUCCAACUGCCUUUCCUGACCUCUCCGUUGAAGCAAAGGAUGCUUUGAGAUCAUGUCGGAGCAAUGUUCUUGUCCCAGCCUUCGCUUCGAUAUUAAGGGUUUUGGAGCACGGUCCAAGUCAAGCUUAUCUGAAUGUGACCCUUCAAAAUGGCUUUGGAGUGGGAUGGGAUGAUGAUUCCAUCUCGGGGUCAUCAGAUGGUUUCACUCCAAAGUUCAAAUUAGCCUUAGGCUUGGGAGUGGCUGGGGCUGUUGUUUUUGUAGUCGUCAUUAUGACAGUAACUUUCCGGAUUAAGAACGAGACGUUGUCGAGAGGUAUUUUAUUGAAGUUGCAACGAGGAAAAAGGAAGCAAUGGGAAAGGAUCGAGGCAUACAUUUUGCAGUAUGGUGCCGAACUUGCUCCCAAGCGAUAUUCAUAUUCAGACAUCAAGAGAAUAACCAAGUCGUUCAAAGACGAACUAGGUCAAGGUGGAUUCGGAACUGUAUAUAAAGGUGCAUUAUCCGAUGGUCGACUUGUUGCCGUUAAAGUCCUAAAUGAAGCCAAGGGAAGUGGAGAUGAAUUUAUAAAUGAAGUGGCUAGCAUUAGCAGGACUUCCCAUGUUAAUGUAGUGGCAUUUGUAGGUUUCUGCUAUGAGAUAUCAAUAAGAGCUCUAAUCUACGAAUUCAUGCCGAAUGGAUCCUUGGAUAAGUUCAUCUGUCAUCGAGAAUCUCCGGAUAAACCUGAACAGUUAGAAGUGAAAACAUUGUAUAACAUCGCAAUUGGAAUAGCCAGAGGAUUGGAAUACUUGCAUCAAGGUUGUAAUACAAGGAUUCUACACUUCGACAUAAAACCUCACAAUAUCCUUCUAGAUGAAAAGUUUUGUCCUAAAAUUUCAGAUUUCGGACUUGCUAAACUAUGUGAGCGGAAAGAUAGUAUCAUUUCCACGAUAAGCGCUAGAGGAACUAUUGGAUAUAUUGCUCCAGAAGUAUUCUGCCGUAGCUUUGGAGGAGUCUCCCACAAGUCCGAUGUUUACAGCUAUGGGAUGAUGGUCCUUGAAAUGGUCGGAGAAAAAGAAAACAUUCAUAGUCAGACUAGUAACUCGAAUUUUCCGGUAUGGAUUUACAACCGUCUUAAAGGAGCAGAUUUGAACCUGGAAGGAAUGACAGCUGAAAAUGAAGAACUAAUUAGAAAGAUGAUCAUAGUGAGUUUGUGGUGCAUUCAAAGUAAUCCGUCGGAUCGACCAUCGAUGACUAAAGCUAUAGAAAUGUUGCAAGGAAGCAUUGAAGCUCUGACGAUUCCGCCAACGCCGUUCCUGUUUUCUCCUCCAAGAUCACCGGAAAACACCUUCACAACAUCAUUUUUUGCACCAUCCAUUCAGACGGAGGACAGUGCAUUUAUUUCAACUACCAGUGUAUAAAAUUUAUUAGCGUGUGUGAUAUAUAGAUGUGAAUGAACCCCAUUAACUUUGGCUAGUUCAUAGUUUUUAGUAUUUGAUUAUCUUUUAGCAUGUUGAACACAAAUGUCUUUAGUGAAUAUAGUAAUGAUGAAUGUAAUUUAAAAAUAAAAUAUUUUAUUUUUAAUUUGAUA